AAGUGAGUUAUUCCUGGAGACCAACAGACCGCUAGCCACGGGGAGCACAGGAAAAAUGUCACCUGCGAAGGUAUAAUUAAGAGCUCGAGCCUCUGACCACGCCAAGUGCUCGACCUUCGCCGAACGGCGCGUCUGCCGUUCUCCCGGGAGCACGUAGGGGGGCAAACGCCCUGUUUGGAGUAUUUGUUAGGGCAGUGAGGCAAACUGGCGCGCGUGAGGGGGGGGUCCGACAGUGUGAUGCGCAGAUAGGGGCGGUAGUCUCCCAUGCAGACAUAACCUGACAUCACAUCGCGCGCACACCCGCUUAUAUAGACCCUGCGUGACGCUACCCUCUCACUUAUCUAUCGUAAGCUCGAGCUGUCCGUGUGCACUCUUUGCCAUCUAGUUACGGAGUGCGUGCCGCACAAGAGCAGUGACUGAGGGCGUCAACGGAAGAAAAAUUAAGAGCAGAAAGGGGUUUGAGGGUCACUCGUUUGUCGAAGAACCUUGGAAACUGAAGACUUGCUGUCAUUGUUGCCGCUCAUCUUACCUUGACUUUUUUUUAUCGCCUUUGAUAUUCGCCUCGAUCAAUCGGGAACCCCUCUAAACCCCUCUAUCUGCCGGACAGAAAUGCGAGAGGAGAGCGUACAAGAGCCGGAGAGAGUGCAGGAGAUAAUGCAUCAGGCUGCUCCAGACACCGGAGCUUAUCCCCCCUUCCCCCUGCUAGAUUGUGUGGAAUGAAGGUUUCAAGUUGGUAAAGCAUAGCGCAGAAUUAGAGAUCAUGUCGGUGCCUUUGCUGAAGAUCGGAGUGGUGCUCAGCACUAUGGCAAUGAUCACCAACUGGAUGUCCCAGACGCUGCCCUCACUAGUGGGGCUCAAUACCACCAAGCUCACCGCUGCGCAGGGAGGCUACCCGGACAGGAGUACUGGAGUGUUGCCAGCAAACCCGGAGGAGUCCUGGCAGGUAUACAGCUCGGCUCAGGACAGUGAGGGCAGGUGUGUGUGUACGGUGGUGGCUCCUCAGCAGACCAUGUGCUCCCGAGACGCUCGCACCAAGCAGCUUCGCCAGCUCCUGGAGAAGGUCCAGAACAUGACGCAGUCCAUCCAGGUCCUGGACCAGCGGACGCAGAGGGACCUGCAGUAUGUGGUGAAGAUGGAGGACCAGCUCCGAGGCCUAGAGACCAAGUUCAGACAAGUGGAGGAGAACCACAAGCAGAACAUCGCCAAGCAAUACAAGGCCAUAAAGGCGAAAAUGGCGGAGCUUAGGCCUCUGAUACCGGUGUUGGAGGAGUACAAGGCGGAUGCCAAAUUGGUUUUGCAGUUUAAGGAGGAGGUGCAGAACCUGACGGCAGUUCUGAACGAGCUGCAGCAGGAGCUGGGUGCCUAUGACUACGACGAGCUGCACACCCGAGUCAAUAACCUAGAGGAGAGGCUGCGAGCCUGCAUGCAGAAAUUAGCGUGUGGUAAGCUGACGGGUAUUAGCGAUCCCAUCACCAUUAAGACCUCCGGCUCUCGUUUCGGCUCCUGGAUGACCGACCCACUGGCUCCUGAGGGAGACACCAGAGUGUGGUACAUGGACGGCUACCACAACAACCGCUUUGUGCGUGAGUAUCGCUCCAUGGCGGACUUCAUGAUGACGGACAACUUCACGUCGCACCGGCUGCCCCAUCCGUGGUCAGGCACGGGCCAGGUGGUCUACAACGGCUCCAUCUACUUCAACAAGUUCCAGAGCCACGUCAUCAUCAAGUUUGACUUCCGCACGUCCAGCAUCAGCAAGUCGCAGCGGCUGGACAACGCCGGCUUCAGCAACUCCUACCACUAUGCUUGGGGCGGCCACUCCGACAUCGACCUGAUGGUGGACGAGGGCGGCCUGUGGGCCGUCUACGCCACCAACCAAAACGCCGGCAACAUCGUCAUCAGCAAGCUCAACCCCAUGACGCUGCAGAUCAUGCGCACGUGGAGCACCAACCACCCCAAGCGCAGCGCCGGCGAAGCCUUCAUGAUCUGCGGCACGCUCUACGUCACCAACGGCUACUCGGGUGGCACCAAGGUCUACUACGCCUUCCACACCAACUCGUCCACCUACGAGUACAUCGACAUCGCCUUCCAGAACAAGUACUCGCAUAUCUCCAUGUUGGACUAUAACCCACGCGACCGCGCCCUCUACGCCUGGAACAAUGGGCACCAGGUGCUCUACAACGUCACGCUCUUCCACGUCAUUCGCUCUGAGGAGCUGUAACCGUGGUAAUCGGGGAUGAGCAGACACACAGUUGACAGACUUUACUGGAGGAGCAACUACACACUCCUCUGGAGGGGAGGAAUGAGUACUUGGAGAAAAGUUGUGGAAUGUCAUGAACAGACUCUGAAGGAGUAUCGGGUAAUAUGUGUGUGUGUAUGUCAACGCGUGUGUGUGUGUGUGUGUGUGUGUGUGUGUGUGUGUGUGUGUGUGUGUGUGUGUGUGUGUGUGUGUGGCAUUCAGCAUUCGUGGGACGCAUGAUACAUAACUGUGGAUUAUCGUGGUAUUGACACCGUUUUCGCUGAUGACACGGGACAAAGUGAUAAAUAGACGGUUUUGCAAAAAAAAAAAGAUAGAACAUUAUAUCAUGUAUGUAAAGAGAACUAUGAAACAUCAUUUGAGCGAAGACUGAUAAAAAAAAAAAGUCAACAAACAGAUGCCAAAUAACGCUGCGCCUUUUUUCUACGACAUGAGAGUCAUUCCAUCGGCUUUGUUUCUGUUGUGACAAUCGCCUCUCCUGCGCACUCGGUGUGUGUAGCCCUGCAAUGUCAGACAACGGGACUGAGUAUGGACAUUUAGCAAAGACUGAUUGCUUCCUGUCCUUGUCUGGUUGCUAAAUGGCUCCCUCACUCACACACACACACACACACACACACACACACACACACACACACACAGACACACACACACACACACACACACACACACACACACACAGACACAGACACACACACACACACACACACACACACACACACCACCAAUACCCAGCUAAUGAAGGGGAACAAGAUCGGUGCUACACACAUACACACACACUCACAAAAUCAAAGUCACUACUUACGACCAUAGUCUGUCUACACAAAGCCGUCUAAUAGUAUGGCAUAUCAAAAUAUCUAGAGUUUAAAAAAUAAAAGAUGGUCUAUUAAAGAGUAUAAAAGAAUAUAAGAGUAUAAAAGAAUAUAAGAGAGAGUAGAGCUGGAGGCGCAGACUGUUUGUGUUCUUGUAAUGUUACACGUUAAAAAAGGGUCUUCUGACCUUAAAUGUUGGAAAAGAAAAUUAUAUUUAAAAAAAAAAACAGCUUCAUUUUUGCAUGAACAUUUUCUACCACUUGAUCUCUGCCAGUAGGAAUGCUUCUGUUGAUGUGAUGCUGUGAAUCCUAGUUAAUGGGGGCGCUGGGUUGGGGUGGGGCUUGAGCUGUGUGUUUCUGUUUUGGGGUGAGGCAGUGGAGCCUUGGGGAAAUCGGGUUUGUCUUUGGGGCUUAAAAGACUUGUGGCUUAAAUUUUGUUCAUAUCUGUUCUUUAUUUUCUGUUCUUUCCUUGUCCUCUUUGUCUUCCUCCUCUCCUCUCCUCUCCUCUUCUGAGGGCCUUUCAUCCCCUGCUUGCUCCUUCUCUUUCCUCUUGAGUUUCUUCUCUCCUGCUCUCUGUUGCUUCACCAUCAUGGCUGAGGCAGAAUGUAUGACUAGUAGAGUCUGCCCUGGUCUGCCUAACUGUCUGACUUGUCCCAGGAAGGGCACACAGGGAUGCCCUGUUCUACCAACAGACAAAACAAAGAAAUGUUUCCCAUGUCUUAAAACAAAAAUAUUUUUGUUCAUCCAUUACCCAAUCCAUACAUUGCCAAGGUCCUCCUACACUCUAGCACUGAUGCCAUUUGCUUUACCAGAUGAUCUUAACUGACACCUCCUCGGUCAGAGAGGUGAAAAUGACCAGGAAGAUUGAUUCUCCACUUGAUCUUCACAGUCAGUGACUGGUCAGAAAUGAGGGCCUUUACAGUCCGGGUUGAUGGGAUCAUUUUGAGACCUUUGUGCUCUAAAAAUUUCACCAGUCUGUCUAGCCUCUCUGGGAGGCUUGUGCUGUCUUAGGUAUGAGCUACACCAGGCGCGUAACGUCUGCUGCAACAAUUAGCUGCCACUAUAAUCAAUGGAAGUAGCUACACCAGACGUGAUAGCGGUCGCGUACGUUCGAAAAAAAUAGACCAGUCUUUUAAAAUGGAUUUUACGCGUUGUGAACGGAAUGCUUCAGUUACGCGCCUGGUGUAGCUCAUACCUUAGGGAGCUCCUUGUGAGUGGCUAUACAUGACCUUAUGUAUUACUUACGGAACGCUGCGCAUUCCCUGUUGGUGCAGUGUAGUUUCGAUCGGCCCUUUUGUGUCUUACAGCGUCUUGUGUAGCUCCAAUGAAAGGCUUCUGGAAGCUUCUGUAAUUCUCACACGAAUCUCAACUGGCUUUGAAAUGCUAUGUGCAGGUCUACAUUCGAAUUAUGAGAAUCUCAAGGGAGUUCAUUGAAGUCUUGUGUAGGCUCAAUUAGUUUUUCAGUAUUCUGAACCUCUUGCAUAUUCCUUAUGAGGGGCCUUUGCAGAUUUUCUUAUAAGUCCUACACUAUCUUGUGGAGUAGAUCUUAUACAAGGCUGUCCGUGGCCUUUUGCAGUCAGCCAUGGCCUGUGCCUGUAAGAUUCAAAUCAAUCCAGAGCUGGUCUUAUAAGGAACUGUCUGGUUCUAGUUCUGCUUCUGGCUCUGCCCUGUGAAGCCCUUUGCGAGAGUCUCCAUCGGCCUAUGUGUGUAGUCACGUACUGUAGCAGAGGGUUCCGGCUUUUCACUCUGUCUGCGCUUUUGCUGGAUGUGUGUUAUCCCUGCCAUGAGUUUACGGUUCGUAUUAUUAAUAAACUGGGGAAUACUUAAGCUGAAAA